AUGGAAGAAUUAUGCUACACCGUCCUUGGAAUUGGCUUAGGAAUUUUUGUAUAAUAAAUACAUCAAAAGUUAUCCAAUAAAAAAAAGUAGAAUAAGACACAAUAAUAGUAUAAGGGAAAAAAGUAUAAUUUACUAUCUACCCCAGAUAUGAAAAAAGCAUAUCAAGAAUAAAAAUAGAGUUUUCUCAUUAAAUAAGCAUCCUAAUAAGAAAUUGGUGAUACUAUUAGAAAGAUUGUCAAAAUUUAAAAUAAAAUAUCCAGUUUUGAUAAAGAUGAUGAAUUAAACUUAAUAUAAAAUUCUUAGGUAGAUAAUUCAAAUGAUGAUUAAUCAUUACAAAAUUCAAAUGAGAACCAAUUUUAACCAAAAACACCCAAUUUUAAUAAUAAAUCAUCAUCCUCUUAAUAUAUUACAUUGACCACAUCUAAUACAAUAGGAUUUUUAUAAUCCAAUUAGUUUAGCGAUAGUAGUAAAUUUUUAUCAAAAAUUAGAAACAAACAUAUCUCCUCCUUGUGAAAAUACAGAAGAAAUCAAAAAUAAUAAUGAUCCAGAAUGA